ACGAAGAAUAUUUAAUUCCAUCCCGGCACGAAAUCAACGUCACAUCAAAAUGUCAAUCAAAAUUCCCCGUACAAACAGCAAAAUCAAUCCGGCAAUUACCCGAAACACCGACCAUCAGCAAACAUGAAAACCCUCAAACGCGAACCGCGCCCCGCCGACGUCCGAUCGCCCUGCCACUUGUGCAAAAAAUCCGGCGAUUAUCUCAUAACCAUGCACCCUCUGAAAGACGACCCGGCACGAGACGAGCCCUACAUAAAAUGUAAACCGAUGCAAUUCAAAAUCACGCGAAAUCACGACGAUCUGAUCGAUUCCAGUUCGGACAGCGAGCUGGACAUCGAAUUCACCGCACCGGCCGCGAUCGCGCGGAAACCCAGGAAAAAACCCCAAGUCGGGCACAUCGAUUGCCAGUACGAUCCCUCCGAUUUCGACGGCAAAUCGAAGAAAACCGCCAGGAAAACGAGCAAAAUCGACAGACAGAUCAAAAAAAUCAACAAAAUAAGCGCAAGAUGUUAAUCGAAUAACUAUACAAGUUUGCUGUACUAAUUGUAAAUAAAGUAAAUUCCCGCAAGU